GGCGUGUGUAGUCCGGAGAAAUAGACACCGACAACUGAUCGUAUUGGUGUGAGAUAUAUGUACCACCGUGGUUUGUAUCACCGUUGUUUGUGGAAAUGUCUAGGUAUCACCUCAGCACGGAAAAAGUUGUCAAGCUGAAUGUUGGAGGGACCUUUUAUAGCUCGACCAAGGAAACCUUGACCAAGGUUCACGGAAGCUACAUCUGGCGGAUAUUCACAGGCGAUGCCCCCUGUCCGAGGGAUGAACGAGGAAGUUACUUUAUUGACCGCGAUGGGCCCAUAUUCAGGCACAUUCUGAACUACCUGCGCAGCGACCGACUCUCGGUGCCAUACGGUUUCCGGGAAUUCGACCUUCUCAAGGUCGAGGCCGACUAUUACGGACUUCCGGCGCUCGUGCAAGAAAUCGAGGUCAUACUUGUGUCAUUUAAGCGGAAACGUCGACGCCGACCGAACCCGAACCGAAAGAAAACCAGUCAGAGCGUAAACGAGUUACAUCGCGUACACGAGCGCGACGGCGACUUGUAUAUUUCUGACGAAGAUUCGGAUUGGUUUUACGAUUAAAGAGGUCUCCCUUUUGGGGGAACGUGUUUAUGUGUGAACAAAAUCCUAUUGAUAAUACCAACAUAAUGGUCACUCGAUACAAAGUAACCACACUAUUGAAGCGCUUUUUAGCUGAAGGAAGUUGUGUUUAUGUGCGAAGACCGCUCAGUCAAAUGUAAUGAUUACUCGAAACCAAGUAACUACCACACAGGCGAUAGUACUGCUGUAUGUUUUUUCUCACUGAUUCCUCGAUGAAGAAUUUUUCAUGCUCUAUUUGGAGUACUGGCGUAAUCGGAUUUCUGUUGAUUUGAAA